AUGGUUAUUCUUCUUGUAAAAAGGGGUGAUGAAAAUCAAUUUUUGUACGAGACAAGUGUGGAAAAUUCAGUAGACGAUGUUGUGAGAGACGUAGUUGCUAUAUUUAAUGGAAGGUUGAAGGUUACCAGGAUUUGUUAUGAACUAGAAGAAUUGUGGAAACAUGGGACGUUCCUGCCUACAGAAAUGCAAGGCUUAACGGAAGAGCAGAUUAAAGAGCUUAAACUCGAUGAUCCUUGGGCAAAACGGUGCGCUCCCCCAGGCUAUGUGGAAGCCAAAGAUGACAUGGGCCGUCGUUGCGGCCUUGCUCCUCCACCUAAUAUGCAAGAAGUGCUGAAGAAGGCAGCUGAAACAGCUAAGGAGAUAAUUGACAAGAAGCACGUGGACUUAAGAAAGUGCAUGACCCAAAAGGAUGUGUCAAGGGCUCUAGACGAACUUCGUGGAGCUACGAAAAUCGUCUUCCCAGCUGGUCUUCCGCCCCACGACCCUGUCAGGAUGGAGUUGGACAACGUUGAAGACCUCUCCGGGACUCAAGCAGCUAACGAGGUCAUCGACCCCUCCAGAGCGUGUCUCUGGGCGUGUGGGAAGAAACUCAUUAACGGAAACAAACUUUCCGAUCAUUUGGGUAAAAACGACAAGUCUAAAGUUACGGUGAAGCUAUGCAGCUCAGCUGAAGGUGCGCCAGGCCGAGAACCGGUACUGACUGAAGAAGAGAGGAAGCAGCUUAUGCUUAAAGCGUAUAGAAAACAAGAGGAAUGGAAGAAAUUGGAGCAAGAUGAUGAUGAUAAUUACUUAAACUCCAAAUGGGCUGAUGGGCAGAAUUUAAAAAGACAGUUUCAUGGAUUGAAUAAUAUCUCCUGGAAACCUAGUAUUGGAAAGUAG